AUGGGGUUAGAGACCUGGGGGUCACCCCCCUACACCCCUGCUGCAGCGACCUUCCCAGAUGUACUUGGGGGUCCGAACAUCGGGAUGGAGACCUGGGGCUCUCCCUCCUACAUCCCCGCAACCGGGACCCCUCCAGAGCUGCUUGGGGCUUCCAACAUCCAAAUGCAGACCUGGGCGCCACCACCCUACCUGCCCGCAGUGGGGACCUCCUCAGAUCUGAACGAGGCUGUCACCUCCACUGCGUCCCCCUGGCUGACCCCUCCCCACUCGGCGGGGGCUGCGGCCCCCCCGGAUCUCCCCGGUGAUGUCCUGGACACGGGAUUGGCGCUGUCAGAGUUCGUGGGCACAGGGACAGUCACCCAGUCUGGGGUCCCCAUUAGCAGGAGGAUGUUGGGACCUGGCAGCCAUGUGCUAACGUGUCGGGGGAGUAUCCUCCCAGCUCUGGGGUCUGGGGUGAAGGGCGGGGGGUUAAUGAACCCCACGGAGUCUGUGGGGCACAUCCCAGACGCUUACGUGUGUGUCCGUGUGCCGUGGGUGGCAGGGGAAGGACCGUGCUGUUCCGAGCUGCUGGCGACGUCAAGGACCAUUCAGAGCCGCCAAGGGCGCCCACGCCGCAGCAGCUGCAGGCGCUGGCUCUGUGCAGCACCUGCCCCAGUACCUGCCCCGCUCCCCCCGUGCCCCGCAGCAGAUGCAGGAGCCCUCAGCACAGAGCCUCGGCGCUGUGUGAGCACCGGCCCUGCCAUGGCCCGGCUGGGGAACGCCAGGCAGGACACCCUGGGUGCAGCCCGGAACAUCACGCUGCAGUGGCGGGCGGGCGACCUGGCCUGCCGCCUGCUGAUGUACCUGCGCCUGCUGGCCAUGUACGCCUCGGCUUUUGUCACCGUGGUCAUCAGCCUGGACCGGCAGGCGGCCAUCCUGCGCCCGCUGGCCAUCGCCCGCGCCCGCGCCCGCAACCGCGCCAUGCUGCAGGCGGCCUGGGCGCUGAGCGCGGGGCUGGCCGUGCCGCAGCUGUUCGUGUUCCACACCAUCACCCUGCGCCCCCCGCACAACUUCACGCAGUGCACCACGCGGGGCAGCUUCCCCCGGCGCUGGCACGAGACCCUGUACAACAUGCUGGGCUUCGCCUGCCUCUUCCUGCUGCCCCUGCUCAUCAUGGUCUGCUGCUACGCCCGCAUCCUGCUGGAGAUCUCCCGCCGCAUGGGCUCCGGCCUCUUCUCCUCGCAGGACGCGUCGCUGCGCUGCUCCAGGAACAACAUCCCCCGCGCGCGGCUGCGGAUGAACAACAUCCCCCGCGCGCGGAUGCGGAUGCUGCGGAUGAGCCUGGUCAUCGUCUCCUCCUUCAUCCUCUGCUGGACCCCCUACUACCUGCUGGGGCUCUGGCACUGGUUCUGCCCCCGCGCCAUGGAGGAGAGGGUCUCGCCGGCCCUCAGCCACAUCCUCUUCAUCUUCGGCCUCUUCAACGCAUGCCUGGACCCCAUCACCUACGGGCUCUUCACCAUCCCCCUCCGGGGGCGCUGGGGCUGCCCAUGCAGGCACGCCCCCCCCCCCCCCCCCCCCUCCCCGGCCACCGGCUCCUUCCGCUGCUCGGCCUCCUCCCUGCCGGCCCGGCGGGGCGCCCAGGGCGGGAGGGGGUCCCGGGGGGCUGCCAGGGACACCUCCUGUCACAGCAGCUCCCUGUGA